UGUCGUAAUUUUACAAGCAAAAAUAAUUAUAGUGUUUAAAACAAUUAUUUCGCGAAUAAUAAAAUCCCAAGGAAAAUCAACAUCUCCUACGUCUGGUUACCCCUGUACAUACAAAAAUUCAAAUAGUAUGAAAAAUGUCUAAUCUUAAAUACCUCUGCUUCAAAAUUACUAGCAUUUUUGUUUUUAUGUAUUCAAUUUUAUACAUUACCCUGUAUGACCUCAGAUAAAACAUCAUAUAAAGCAAGCAGUUACAAAUUUUUUUUGAAUCUGGCAUAAUGUUACAAGCAAAAAAAAUUAUCGUGUUUAAAAAUUGGCUUUCGCGAAAAAUAACAUCCCAAGGAAAAGCAACAUCGAUUCCCGAAAGACUUGCAAAGUUGCGCGCACAUUUUGAAAAGGAUGAAGAAAAUGGGUAUGUGGUGCCAAUUUUCAAAAAGUCAAUACUUCACGCACAGCGAAUUGCUAUUAAAAACUAUUUUAGCGAGUAUUCCUAUCAACAACUUUAUAUAGGAGCCAAAAAAUUAUCGGUUCAGAUAUCAAACAUAUGUGGUAGUGGUGCAUCAUGCAACAUUGCUGCUUUCUGUCAAAAUGACGCUUUAUUACCAGUAACACAAUGGGGAUGUUGGAUGUCAGGACAAGUUUUUGUACCACUUUUGCAUAAGCUUCCUCACGAAACAUUAAAAUAUAUUAUUUAUGACUCCAACACAAAACUUAUAAUAUCAGCAAAGGAAUACGAAAUUAUAGCGAAGCAGCUUACUGAAUUGUUUGACAUUCCUUUAAUGAUUAUCGAUCACAAUUUCAUGCCAGAAAAAAGCUCUUCGUCCCGCUUCUUGGAAAAAUUGUUACUUACAGUUGGGGAUAAUGUUUUCAUUGAAGGUACUUUAAAUAACGAUUUCUAUUCCUGCUCAGAUGCAUUAUUGGUUUAUAACACCAACGGAGUUGAAAAGCCAAAGGGAUGUAUUAUAACACACAAGAACCUGCAAUCACGAAUUAAAACAACAUCUGAAGUGUGUAAUUACGAGCCCACUGACUUCUUACUAAAUUUAUUGCCCAUGGAUUACUCAACAUACAGCGUACAUUCUGCGAUGUGUUUGUUAAGUGUUGGAGGAAAAGUAACUUUUUAUAAUGAUCUCGAUUGCAAAAACAUAUGGAAUAGAAUACUCUGUAUAAAUGUACCUAGAGAGGAUAGGCCUAAUAUUCUUACAGCAUUACCCUCAACAUAUAUUAAAAUUAUCCAUGAAUACAAAAUAUUUCCCAAGAACCCUCGAAGGGAUGAAUAUAUAAAAAACUAUUGCUUAAAUAAUUUUCGUCUUAUGAUAUCUGGCCCGUUACCAUUACCAAUGAACAUAUACCAUUAUUGGAAUAAACUGACGGGCCAUAAACUUCUGCGAUAUUACGAAACGCCUGAAACUGGAGCUAUUAUAAGUAAUCCAUAUUUUGAAAAUAAGCAACAGAAAUGGCAACAAACCUCGGUAGGCCUUCAAUUGCCACAAACGAGUAUUCGUAUUGCAAAUUCUAAAGAUGAAGUCGAAUUCGCAUAUAAAGGAAGCAAUUUCAAGAACGAAUGGAUCGAAAAUAUUUCCCAAAGGUUAUUUUUCAAUGAGGGACUUGAACCUUUGGUAGGGGAGCUUCAGGUAUCAGGACCAAUUAUUUUUAAAGGAUACCUCAAUCAGAGAGAUGCGAGAAUGUUUUUUGACAAUCAUUUAUUUAAAACCGGAUUUAUUGUCAAAUUUGAAAAUGGUGUCCUUAGAUUGUUACGACAUAAAGAUGAUAUUGUCAGAAGUGUAGGGCAAAGUGUAUCAAGCGGUGAAAUUGAAACAUCGCUACAAACACACCUAAAAAUAAAGGAUGUUGCCGUUGUUGGUGUUCCAGUAAAUUUGGAAAACCUUCAGACAUUUUGUCCUAAAUGGCUUCCUACUUUCAUUUACCUGGAAAUGCUUCAAAUUAUUCCCGAUAUAAAUCGCAAUUCAGUCAGUGAAAUUGACAAAAACCUAUUAACGAAGUUGUUUCUUUAUAGUACUGGUAGCUAAUUUUAUAACAAAUCCUUCCCAUUCUUUUCGUUGUAUCGUGACAUUGUACAUGGUUUUGUAUUUAAUAAAGAAAUAUGUCAUUCAGAAUUUGAAUGACGAGUGAAA